UUUUUCGUUUCAUGCAUCUUUCAAACAGCAUGCAUGAUGCAUACUGCAUAUUUUUUUUCUUCUCAACAAACGGAAUAUCAAUACACACAUAUAUUUAUAUAAAUAACACGGUUCAUUGCAAAUCAAGACAAUGAUAUGCUCCUUCUUCGGGUUCAAUUUUUCGAGGGAAAAUUCUCAAAUUUCAUCCGAUUGGGUUCAUUGCAUGGACACAGGAGUGAGUGGGAUACACCAACUAAUAACGAAGCAUACUCAAGCGAUAGAGCGAACACUAUGAAACCGAAAGGAAUAGAUAUGGUUGAAUAUAUAACAGUCAUCCGUAUAAAUGAAUGACAAAAUAUUUUGUUCAACGCUUAUGGCUCCCGUAAUUUAUGUACAACAGAGACUCCAUGUACGAAUACAGUGCGAACAAAUCGCCUGGUAUGGCUCAUCGUCUCUCUUUCAUUCUCCUUCUCUCCAUCACUCACUCGCUCGCUCGCUCGCUCUAUCUCGAUAUCGAUGUGUGUUUGUAAGUGAGUUUAGGGCUGCGCUUUUCUAUGUAUGAGUGUGACUGUGUGUAUAGAUAUUUGGAAUCGACACUGACUUAGCGAGUUCAUUGAACUAACAAAUGAACGAACGUUCGCGCUGAGCGCAGUGUCUAUACAUUGUACUUUGUGGCGAGGCAAAAAUUUGUUAUACUUCGCUCUCCCCGUGCACUGUAUUCCACAUGCAAAAAGUGUGUGUCUGUGUGUAUGACGUAAAACGAUAGAGAGAGGGAUGAAGAAAAAAAAAUUAAAGGAAAAUAUUGUAUGAAAUUUGAGCACCAUUAGAAACCAGGGAUGAAAUUUAUCAUUUGUGAAGAAGAAGAUGAGGAAAAGUAGACAUCAUCGAAGUGAAUUUCCUUUGAUUGCAAAUGUCUUAUCAAGAAUCAAAAAUGUCCUAUACAAAUUUCGUUUGUAAGCGCACAAUUCUCUCACUUUUUAUCACUCUUUGCCCAUUCAAAAUGAUAAUAAUGUUAGAGAAUUGAUCAGGUUGGCAAAAAGGAGCAAUGAACUGGCUGAGAUUAGAAAUUGCCACACAAACCGAUGAUGACAAAUAAUAAAGGCAUGAGUUUUCUUCUCUCUCUCUCUCUCUCUCUCUCUCUCUAUUCCUUCGUAAUAGUUUCAGUGCAAAAGUGAUUGGAGCGAAAUAUUAAGCGCGAAAAGAGGGCUACUAGGAAUAAUAUCGCAUAUGUACGAAAACACAGUCACCUACUCAAAACGAAUGCAAAGCUUUUACAUAACUCUCAUCAUCCGUACAUAUCGUUGCGUCUCGUUUUGUGCGCCACUGUGCCAGAAUGAAUGGCAACAGCACAGCCAACCAGCGUUGUGCGGCUUGUGGUGCGAGCGAGUACGGUCAUUCCAUCGAACAGAGAUAGAAUGCUGCGAGAAGCACAUGUAGGCACUCACACAAUCUCACCAGUGUAUACGCGCCAAGCGCAUAUAUAGCCUUCUAGCAAACGCUUCGGCCAUUCGCUUCAUAUCAAAUUGAUGGUAUGUAUGCGCGCUAAUGUGAAGCGUUUGCAUGUAUGCGUGUGAUCACAUUGGAAACGCUCGCUUUUACACAGCGUUCGGUUUGUCUAGCAGCGACGAGAGAGACCUGACUGUAACUUGAUUGAACGCAAACAGUUAGCCGUUUGUAACAUUCGUAAAUGAACUCUGGUUGAGCGCGUACAUGAAAUAAAUGUCUGUUUAUUUCGUUCCGUGGUUCAUAUACGUCGUUUGUUCAUUCACACAUUAGCCAAAAUCUCACAUCACUAACAUUCAAUAAAACAAACAAAAAACCAUAGCAAUUAAUUGUAAUACAAUAAACGACGGCAUCUGAGUGAUAUAAGAAGAAAAAAAAUAUUAUAACCAGAAAAAAAGACAAUUUUUUUUCUCUCAGUGAUCAAAAAGAAAAGAAUGAAUCUGAUUUUUGUUUAAAAAAGAAAUGAAAAAUAUAUAGUCAAAAAGUCGUUGCACUGUUCAAAAUAUCAAGAGUAAAAGAAAAUCACAAUAUCGUGGCGUUGAUCAAGUGUAUUUAAAAAGGAAAAUAACAACCGAAAAAUCUGACAAAAAUUCAUCAAGUACCAGUAAAGUGUUCACAAAAACGGAAAAACCGCGCGAAUAUCAUUUCAACAUCGAAUUGUUGUGGUUUCGUGCACCGAUUCUCCUCUUCUCCCAUCGAAUAACAAGUAAUACUAAACAAAUUAUCUAGAUAUUUCGAUUGUUUUGCCGAAUUCAAAAUCAAUCGCGACCGCCGCGUUCAAAGUAAUAAGAAAUUGUUAGGCAAUAUCCUGCGUAUUCUGGAUUUGUCAGUUUAUGUUGACUGAAUAAGUGAUCGCAUUUCGUAGAGUUACCGCCCAAGCACAAAAUAAUCCUUAGCUAACACUAGACGUGUUCGAAUUUAAAAAAGAAAAGCAAAAGAAGUUUGAAAAAAAUACAAUUAUUUCUCGUCGUUUGACUGCAAAGUAGAAAGAGGAAAAAAGGGCAAAACAAAAUAAAGUGAUUAUGUUGCCAUCAAUAUAUCAGCAGCAACAUCAGCAACAACAACAACAGCAGCAACAGCAACAGAAUGAGUUCAAUUGUGGUACUAAUAGCCAAAUGUGUUCUAUGAUGAUGACGACCGACUGCCUCAAGUCGGCGUCCGUCCAAAAUAUGUCUCCACCGUUUCGAGACUUUUCCUCGCAAUUGAAUAGUAGUAGUGGUAAGAGCAGUCAAUUAAAAGAGACGCAUAGUGCUUUAGUGAAAAUUUUAGAAUCGGCACCAAUCCCAUCGAAUACAUCGACAACAACCGCGACGAUAGCGACGACGACAAACACAACAGACACAACGGUACCACAAUCGUUUACAAAAACAACAACUAUGCUACUAGUGAAUCAGACUAACCAACAAAACAAUUAUCAUCGUAAGCGAAAUAAGCAUCUAAAUACUAUCAAUACACAUUGUGAUAUGGAUAAGAGUAGCGAUGAGGAGAUGGGCUGCAAUAGUAAUAGUAGUGCCAGUAGUAAUGCCAGCGAAGCGGAAAUCAUAUGCCCAUGGAAGAAAACGAGAAUUGCACGGGAAUGGCAUCAGUCACAAAAUAUUAAGAUGGACGAUGAUGCAAUGGAUCGAAUUACCACCGUUACAGUACCAACCGUACCCACAAUUAACCUGAACAUACAAAGUAACAACAAUGAUGGCGAAUAUGAUGCUGGCGAUGACAUCAGCGAUGAUAACGGCGAAAACGAUGAAAAUUCAAACAUUUGCGAAUGCUAUAAUACAUGGCGACGUGCCAGCAACGAUGGAGACGACGAUGAUGAACUGCAUGAAAAUCACCAUCACCACACUGGCACAUCAACAAAGAAGCACAAGAGUUUCCAUAGCGGACAGAACAAUGGCACCGAUUCGGGUUGUGAUAGCGAUUGUCCGGAAAAUAUCAGCGAAUUGUGUAAAAAAUUCGAUGAAAACCUUUCUGAACAAGACGGAUUUUUCAGACGAUCCAUACAACAAAAGAUUCAAUAUCGUCCAUGCACGAAAAACCAACAAUGCAGCAUUCUGCGCAUCAAUCGUAACCGUUGUCAGUAUUGUCGCCUAAAGAAAUGUAUUGCAGUCGGAAUGAGCCGAGACGCUGUUAGAUUUGGCCGUGUGCCGAAACGUGAAAAGGCACGUAUAUUGGCUGCUAUGCAGCAAAGUACACAGAAUCGUGGUCAUCAAAGAGCAAUGGCCACCGAACUAGAUGACCAGCCACGUUUAUUGGCCGCCGUAUUGCGUGCACAUAUGGAAACAUGCGAAUUCACACGCGAAAAAGUGGCAUCAAUGCGACAACGUGCACGAGAAUGUCCCAGCUAUUCGUUGCCAACUAUGGCAUGCCCAUUGAAUCCAGCACCAGAACUUCAAUCAGAACAGGAAUUUUCACAGCGUUUCGCUCAUGUGAUUCGUGGUGUUAUCGAUUUUGCCGGUAUGAUUCCCGGCUUCCAGUUGCUCACACAAGACGAUAAAUUCACAUUGCUGAAGGCCGGCUUAUUUGAUGCAUUGUUUGUGCGUUUAAUUUGCAUGUUUGACACAUCAAUAAACAGUAUCAUCUGCUUGAAUGGCCAAGUAAUGCGACGGAAUUCAAUACAAAAUGGAGCCAACGCUCGAUUUUUGGUGGAUUCAACAUUCAAUUUUGCCGAACGCAUGAAUGCGAUGAACCUAUCCGAUUCAGAGAUCGGUCUAUUCUGUGCAAUUGUUUUAAUAUCGGCAGAUCGUCCUGGUUUGCGUAAUAUUGAAUUGGUGGAAAAAAUGCAUUCAAGACUGAAGGGUUGCUUACAAACAGUUAUCUCACAAAAUCGACCAGACGAUCCAGAUUUCAUGAUCGAACUACUGAAAUUGUUGCCCGAUUUGCGAACACUCAGCACAUUACACACCGAAAAAUUGGUCGUUUUCCGGACCGAACACAAAGAAAUGCUGCGUCAACAGAUGUGGUCCAUGGAAGAGGAAUCAAGCAAAAGCUCCGGCUUAAGUCAAUGGGGCUGCAAUGAUCAAGUUAUUGAAGAAGUCACAAAAAGCCCAAUGGGAUCGGUUUCCAGCACGGAAUCCGGUGACACUACGUCCGAUUAUUCACAGUCGCUAUCACAAUCGGCACCACUAUUGGCAGCAACACUUGCCGGCGGUUGCCCAAUGCGAUUGCGCGCCAAUUCCGGAUCAUCGGCUGAAGAUGAUAUCGUUGGAACACAUCAUUUAACACAAAAUGGUUUGACAAUAACGCCAGUGGUGCGAUCAACAACAGCUGCUCAUCACAUUCGCUAUCGUAAAUUGGAUUCACCAACCGAUUCGGGCAUCGAAUCCGGUAAUGAAAAAGCCGAUCACAAAGCUGCUAGCAGCGAAUCGUCAUCGUGCUCGAGCCCAAGAUCAUCGGUCGAUGAUAUGAAUGAGGAGAAACGGCCUAUUGCCGAAGAUAUGCCCGUAUUGAAGCGUGUACUUCAGGCACCACCACUUUACGAUACAAACUCAUUGAUGGACGAAGCAUACAAACCACACAAGAAAUUCCGCGCUUUGAGACAUCGAGAAUAUGAAGCCGAAGCUGAUUCAGUGCAACAGCAUCAUUUGUCGUCGCAUAGCCAGCAACAGCCACAACAACAGCAAUCACAUUCGAGUGAACUCCCACAAUCGCAACCCAUUAGCGAGAAACCAGCUCUAUCGCCACCACAAACAAAUCCACAUCAAAGUCAAUUACACAUGCAUUUAACAAGGCCAAACAGUCAUCAGCAUAGCUCAAGUGCGCCUACUCAUCAUCAUCAGUCUUCCUUGUCAAGUACACAUUCAGUGUUGGCCAGAUCAUUGAUGGAAGAGCCCCGAAUGACACCUGAACAAAUGAAACGAAGUGACAUUAUUACAUCGUAUAUUAAGCGCGAAUCGCAAGUCGAACAACAGCGCGUUAGUUCACAGAGUGGGCUAUUAGUGUGUGCAUUGUCGUCCGGUUCGAACUCACAUCGAAGUUCACCAUUGAAUGCAACCGCAAGCGCAAUGCCACCAAAACAAUGUCCAUACACUGGCGCAUCAACGAAUCGCUGGCAAAACGGUACCACAUUGUCAGUUAUCACAACGACGCGCCACAAUACAGAACCAACGCCAAUGCGCGAGGAUGUGAAUAUGAUUCAGGAUGGUGUGGAUGCACGGCUUAAAAGCGAUGCAUCUUCACCAACGUCAUCAUCACCGCACUCAACCUCAUCAACAUCACCGGCAAUGCCAAAUUCAACCGCAUCAAUGGAUGAAGACGAAAAUCCAAUGCUUCGAUCAACCAUGGUAUCGUUGCUUCAGCCACUGAAUCUGUCGAAAAAGUCACCAUCACCUGUGCAGCAUCAACUAUCGUCCUGCUUUUAAAAAAUAACGAAGCAAAAGUGCGUAUAAUAAUUUAAUUUUUAACAGAAAAUUAAACAUUGAGCAAAAAACACAAGUUAAGAGUAUAAGUUCUUAUACACGAAGAUGUGUCCUAAGAGUUGCUAUUGUGCUUGAUAUUUUGGGUGCCGAACAUUGAUGUUGAUUGAGAAUUAUUUGAUAGAAAAUAUGUUACAACACACAAAAUGGUGAAAGAAAGCAGCAAAAAAUGAUGAAACCAAACCAAACUCGGACCGAACACUGGCACACAUACGCACGGUGAGCACAAAAGUGAUUUUGUUGUCUCUCUCAAUAUGUGUACAGACAAACGAUUUGGAUCAAGCCAAGAGAAAUAAUGCAAACAAAGCAACAAAAUUGCGAUAUUGAUUUUAUCUACUCAAAACAAAGGAGAAAAAAAACAUUGUUGGGCUUAAAAAAUAUUCAUUCAAUGUGCAAAGAAACUAGUGUGUAUUUUCUUGUUUUUUUCUUAAACUUUUGUUUUGUUACACAUCUAUGGAUAAAGGAAAGAAGAGGUUCGCGAAAAGGAGAAAAAAGUGAUUAGUCAAACCCGAACGUGUGUACAUGUGGAACACAAAUUGCAUUAAUUUAUGAACAUACACUUUUUAACGUUUAGAUUGUGAACAUUUAAUCGAAUCAAUUGAAUAAAAAAAAAAUAACUAAAAGAAGGCAAUCAAGCCAUUUGAUUGAUAACAAAACACACACACACACAACAAACGUUUAAGGAAAACACUACCUAAGAAGAAGUUAGAAACGACAUUUUUAUUAUGUAAAUUAAAUUACUUAGUGAAUAUUAUUAUUAUAUACAAUCUGAACCACAUAGAAGCGGAUUGAUUGAAAGAAAACACACACACACACAAAAAAUUGAAAAAACCUAUCAAGUAAUUACAUUUUUCUUCUUCUUUUAUUUUGAAUUAUUUGAAGUUACAAAGAAAAACUUAGUGAAAUAAAUUUAAUGGUAAAGAUAAAAGAAAUAAACAAAACAAAAAAAAUUAUUAUGAAGAACAAAAAUGGAAAAAAAACGACAAAAAAAAACAACAAACACAUCUAAUACACACAUCAUUUGAAGAUCUCUUCCCAUCAAUUUUUCUAUCUGUUUAAGUUUUAACAGAAAAAUGCGAUUCUUUUUUAUAAGAAGAAUAAUAAUAAUGAUAAAAAAAGAAAAAAUUCGCGAACAUGCGCUGAUUGAAAUUUGAAAAAGAAAAUGGAGAAAAAAAACAGAAGGAUUAAAACAAAGGAAAAAAGUAAGAUUUUAACACUUUUCUCUCUCUUUAAAAAAAAAAACAACACAAAAAUAUUAUACACACAGAGACAACAUACCUUAUACUUAUUUAAAUAGUUUUCAUUCUUUCUCUUUUUUUUUGAUUUUCAAAGUUUAUUAGCCAAGGGUGUAUAUGCCUUGUUAUUAACCUAUUGAAGAAUGUUAGAUUUUACAUAAACAACAAACACACACACACACACACACACAUGCCCACUUUCGAUAAGGGGUACAUCUACGAAGUAAAAGUAAUUUAAACAAUCAACAAACAACAAUGUGUAGGAGCUAAAAUUUAAUGUGGAGAAAUACAAAGAAGAAGAAAAAAAUUAAAAAAAAAAAUCACAAAAAACAAUGAGAACAUAAUCACACUCGUCUAGAUAAACUACCCAAAAUAGUUAUUAUCAUCUAUUAUGAAUAUACGUACAAUUUAUUAUACUUUGAUUUAUUGCUAGUGCAUAAACGAAAUGAGUAUGGAAUAUAGAAUCAAACAAACAACAACAAAAAAAUAAAUAAAAAAAAUUAAAAAAAAAACAAUCAGAGUUUGUUUUUUUUUCGUGGCGAAAGACCUUUGUUUCUUACGGCACGGCGGCGGUACACAUGGUCGACUUUUCAUUUCUUUUUUUAAGGAUUCCUCAUUCAUUUCUUUUGUAAAUAAAAAAAAUUCACAUCUAAAACAACAACAACAACAUUUCUAAACGUAAAACAAGUGGAGAAUCUAAAAAAAAAACAAAAACACAACACACAUAUUACAUUUAUGGUAGCGUUUUCUUAAAGUAUAUCCUAAUCAUUCAAUCACAUACACAAACACAUAUUUCAUUCACUUCGCAGACAACACAUCAAAUUCAUUGUGAGAAAUGAGCAUUCUUUCAUUAGAGCAUUCGAUUGCCGCGUGAAACAUGAAAAACACGAACUCGAAUGUAAAUCAACAGAAAAGAUGAUCGAAAAUCAGUUGAAAUUACAAAGAUUCAUCAUAAGAUUAUGUGCAAACACAUUCAAAUUUUAUUAUUAAAAUCACAAAAGAUCUUUACCAAUAGGUGACAAAAUGAACGAAACUAAACGAACAUGUAUUAAAAAUGGGCGAUGAGAUCGAACGAUGAUGCAAUGAGAGUGCUGCACAUACUUAUACACAUACACACCAUCAUUCACAUCGUUUGGUCUCCAACAAAUUUUGUGUAAUAUAGUGAAGCGAGCUAAUUACAAAGAAGAAGAAAAACCGGAUGCAGAACCAAACACACACACACACA